CUGAGACGCUUCGCAGCCAUGGCCGCAGAGGCGGGAGAUAAAGGCGUGCAGCAGUGUGAGCAACCCCUGAUGUCUGGCUGUAAGACAGAUGACCCAGAAGAUGAGGGCCAGCUCAAACGGGUCAUUACAGAACAGAAACAAUCACAGGCGUCCAGCAAGUUCCGCCAGACCAUGUGUAGAUUCCUCAGCCCACGGUGGGAAAAGUUCAUGAUGUUGCAUGCUGGGGAGGAUUGGAUCAUUCUCACUCUGCUGGCCAUCCUCACAGCCUUCGCCAGUUGGGCCAUGGAAUUUGCCAUCGAGUUUUUCCUGCACACUACCUUAUGGCUGUAUGAGUUAGCGCACCAUAAUUUGUUCCUGCAGUAUCUGAUCUGGGUGUCCAUCCCUAUACUGCUCAUCUGCUUUGCAGCAGGAUUCACCUAUCUCGUAGGACCACAGGCUGCUGGAUCUGGAAUCCCAGAGAUAAAGACAAUUGUAAAAGGAGGCAUGGUCAAAGAUCACCUCAGUCUGAACACUCUAGUGGCCAAAAUAGUGGGCCUCACCUGUGCCUUGGGCAGCGGCAUGCCCCUAGGGAAGGAGAGUCCCUUUGUGCACAUUGGAGGUGUGUGUGCUACCCAGCUGAACAGACUUGCUGCAUACAUCGGCGGUGUGAAGGAGCGUGAGUCUCUGAAUGCGGAGUUGUUGGUAAUUGGCAGUGCUGUGGGUAUCGCCGCCUGCUUUGGCUCCCCUGUUGGAGGCUUGCUCUACAGUAUAGAGGUUGCUUCAUCUUUCCUUAUGGUGAGAAACUACUGGAAAGGAUUAUUUGCUGCUUCCAUCAGUGCCUUCAUCUUCAGAAUACUACCAGUAUGGAGUGGACAUUAUGAAACCAUCACGCCUCUGUUUGACACGCAUUACCGCUUGGAAUUCCCCUAUGAACUCUCUGAAAUCCUUUCCUUUUGCAUCCUUGGGGCACUGAGUGGUCUUGCUGGCGCUUUCUUCGUCUUCAUGAACAGUGUCAUGGUGCGCUUCAUUAGAAGCCCAACACGGUUGAGCCAGUUCCUCGCCAAGACGCGUUUGUUGUAUCCUGCUCUGGUCACUCUUGUGAUUGCCUCAUUGACCUUUCCCCCUGGAUUUGGACAGUUCAUGGCAGGCCAGCUGACACAGAGGGAGACCUUGCUCGCAUUCUUUGACAACUAUACAUGGUCAACGCACCUCACAGGGGAUCAUUUUGAGCACGAAGACCACUCAGUUGCUUGGAAACACCCUUACGUCAGUGUCUUCGUCACCCUCACCAUCUCUGUUGUCAUGAAGUUCUUCAUGUCGGCCGUAGCUAUCUCUAUGCCCGUGCCUUGUGGUGCUUUUGUGCCAGCUUUCGUCAUUGGUGCAGGCCUUGGACGGCUGGUAGGUGAGGUAACGGCUGUUGUAUUACCUGAAGCAAUACACGCAAACCACACCAUCUUCCAUGUGGUACCAGGAAGCUAUGCUGUAGCAGGUGCAGCAGCGAUGUCUGGAGCAGCCACUCACACCAUCUCCACGGCGAUGAUUGUGUUUGAGCUGACCGGUCAGAUUGGCUAUCUUUUCCCCACCAUCUUCUCUGUCAUAGUGGCCAAUGUAGUGGCCCAAAGUCUCCAGCCAUCACUGUAUGAAUCACUCAUACAAAUCAAGAGACUGCCAUGCCUGCCCGAUCUCAGCUGGGAUCACCCGCCGACGACAAAUCUGCAGGUGAAAGACAUCAUGGCGACUGAUAUGAAACACCUGAAUCUAAACUGCACUUACAGAGACCUGCAUAACAUCCUGCUCACAGACAACCUUGACACAUUCCCUCUGGUGAAGUCUGCAGAGUCGAUGUUGCUGGUGGGUUCCAUUGAGCGUGCCCAGUUGGAGUUGCUCCUGUGCCAGGACUCUACACACAAAAAGAAAAGAGGUUCUCAAGAUUCACAUGUUUCCCUAAAGAGUCAGGCCAGCAGUGAUGCUUCAGCAGUUGGAAUAGAGGUUGAUGCCGAUGAGAAAGACACCUUGACUACAAAAGCGACUGUUGCACUGGAGGAGCAACAAAUGGAUGCGCAGGUCAACUUCAACAACUGCAAGAUAGACCCCGCCUCCAUUCAGCUUGUGGAAUACACGUCGCUUCAGAAGGUGAUCAGUAUCUUCUCUCUGAUGGGUUUGGAACAAGCCUACGUGACCAACACUGGGAAACUCACAGGGGUUGUGUCUCGUCAAGAGGUGUACAAGGCCAUAGAAAGAACAGUGAAGGUGCACGGGACCACAACACACCCCCCCAUGACCAGCUUCCGAGACAGCCGGAGCACGAGCAGGGCCACGGCAACGGCAGAGGCCACAGAGCUUGAAAGGCUGCUGGGGAGUGAGAGCAGCCUAAGCCUCCCCCCAGAGCCUGACAAGUGAGGGAGAAGGGGAGGAUUUCGGAUUGGGGGGUAUUGGUGGUGGUGUUGCCCUAGAGAUUAUGCUGGGAGUUCAGGGUUUUAAAGGAUGAAAGGGGAAAUAGAUGGGAAAGGGGUGCCCCUGAGGGGUUUGUUUUUUUUUUUACAUUUUUUUAAACACUGCAGUAAUUUUCACAAUUAAAUAAUGUGUAACUAAACAAAAUCCAGUUUAUAAGGCUUUCCCUGUUCAUUUACCCUCCCCAUGGACCAUCUGUGUAGUAAGUAUACUUACCCAAAAUGUCCCAAAAUAUUUGGUAUUCACAUCAAAAAUGUUUAAUUACCAGUAAUGCUUGUUUUGUUUUGCCCCCGAUUUUCAUGUUAUGUUUGCAUUAGCAGAUAUAAUGGAUCUGAAUAAAUCAAUAGGCUGAAAUCAAUAAAAUAAAGUUUUUUUAAAAAAAAACAACAAAUAAAAAAAAAAACAACAAAACUAAACAGCUGCCUAGGACCAUUUCUUCUUUCCAAGUAUAAAUAUAGAACCGUCAGUGUGAGAUAUUCUAUAAUCACACUGAUGUGAUAGAGAGCAAGAGAGACAUGGAAAGCGGGGAAGUUUGCCUCACCCUACAAAUCUCAACACAUUCUGAAUUGUUGCUUUGGGUUUUUUUUUUGUAACAUCCUUUAUUAUCUUUUCCAGUUUCAGAUGUGAAAAGAGGAAUUAAUUUCUCUUAAAUAUUUCAUAAAGUAAAGCAAAAAAGAACAACUAUUUACAAAAGGCUGUAAUCAGUAAACUUGAGAAGGAUAAUUAUCCCAAAGCCUCACAGCGAAAUCACAGAGUCAAUAGAACAUAAAUACAGAAAACUCACGUAAAGAAAAAGGGGGUGGGGAUUACAUGACAUUAAAAGUUAGCAUUUUUAUUACUGAAACAGAAAUAAAACAAAAACAAAACUUUUAUUUACAGACUAUCCUGAAAUGCAUUUCCACUCCAGGUAGCAGAAAAGGCCUUUAGGAUUCCUACUGCUUCAUUCUUUUUUUGGCUUUAAUUUAUUUUAAUACUUGUCUUUUUUUAAGUUGAUCUUUCUAAAUAUGUUCAAGUUUUAAUAAUGAUUUCUCUGUAUAAAAUGUACUACAGACGGUGGGUUGAGUAAACCCUUUUUUCCUCUAUCCUUCAUUCAGUCAGGUCUUCCACCCCCCCUUAAGUGGGGGAAGGUAAAACCAGACAGGUUUGCGGUGGCAGUAGUGUAAAUCUGCCCCCUCAGCAGCAGCAAGAGUCAAAAGGUCAUGUCCCAACCAUCCCUUUUCUUCUGCAACACCAAGCGGAGCCAACAGGAAGCAGUUCACUCACCCCUCCUUCGGUCUGUCCAACUGUGGCUCCGGAAUGCAAACAUUUCACUUUUUUUUUUUUUUUUUUUUUUUUACUGUAGUCAAACGG